UCUUUCUGCUGGAUCUGCCAUACAAAGCUCAACCCGCCUAUCUCCUUUUUGCAGACCCAGAGAACUUCAUUCCCCAUGUUGAAACUCAUUGGUGGAGGUGGCGGGCAGGACUGGGCAUGCUCAGUGGCGGGGACAGGUCUGGGAAGCGAGGAAGCUGCACUUGAAGUCGCGGGGCCUAAGGAUCAGGGGGAGGCGAACGGUAGUGUCCCUGGUUGGGGGUGCGAGGAGGUCCCCGAGUCGGCGCCCGGGGCCCGCAUGUUCCCGACCUGCGCCACCCGCCGGGCGCGCAGGGGGCAGGGCGCGGAGGAAGUGGGGGAGUCGGCGGGAGGAGGGGAGGAGCGCCCGGCUCGCCAUCCCCCGGCGCCGGCUUUGCGGCUGCCGAAUCGGAAGGCGCAGGGAGGAUCUGAAGGAAUAAAGACGCCCGAGAAUGACCUCCAGGGAGGCCUCCUGAGCCGAGGCCCGCUCGCUGCCCCGCCAGCCCCGGGCAUGGGUGACAGCGGAGGGCAGCCGGGUCGCUGUAGUGCGCACGCCCCGGGGGACUCCGCGCACGCCGGCGCCGGCGCCGCCGCCUUGAACGGGCUGCUGCACAACGGCUUCCACCCGCCGCCGGCCCGCGGCCGAGGCCCCGCGGGCGGCAGCGACACGGCGCCCCCGCGCGUCCCGCUCCUGGCGGAGCUCCAGCCGCAGCCGCAGCUCCCUCAGCAUGACUCUCCGGCCAAGAAAUGCCGGCUGCGACGGAGGAUGGACUCGGGGAAGAAGAACAGGCCGCCAUUCCCGUGGUUUGGCAUGGACAUCGGUGGAACUCUGGUUAAGCUGGUCUACUUUGAACCAAAGGAUAUUACAGCCGAAGAGGAACAAGAGGAAGUGGAGAACCUGAAGAGCAUCCGGAAGUACCUGACCUCUAACACAGCCUAUGGGAAGUCUGGGAUCCGAGACGUCCACCUGGAACUGAAAAACCUGACCAUGUGUGGACGCAAGGGGAACCUGCACUUCAUCCGCUUCCCCAGCUGUGCCAUGCACACGUUCAUCCAGAUGGGCAGCGAAAAGAACUUCUCCAGCCUCCACACCACUCUCUGUGCCACGGGAGGAGGGGCUUUCAAGUUUGAAGAGGACUUCAGAAUGAUUGCUGACCUGCAGCUCCAUAAACUGGACGAACUGGACUGUCUGAUUCAGGGCCUCCUUUAUGUUGAUUCUGUUGGCUUCAAUGGCAAACCGGAAUGUUACUAUUUUGAAAAUCCCACAAAUCCCGAAUUGUGUCAAAAAAAGCCGUACUGCCUUGAUAACCCAUACCCUAUGUUGCUGGUUAACAUGGGAUCAGGUGUCAGCAUUUUAGCAGUGUACUCCAAGGACAACUAUAAAAGAGUUACAGGGACCAGUCUUGGAGGUGGAACAUUCCUAGGCCUAUGUUGCUUGCUGACUGGUUGUGAGACCUUUGAAGAAGCUCUGGAAAUGGCAGCUAAAGGAGACAGCACCAAUGUCGAUAAGCUGGUGAAGGACAUUUACGGAGGAGACUAUGAACGAUUUGGCCUUCAAGGAUCUGCUGUAGCAUCAAGCUUUGGCAACAUGAUGAGUAAAGAAAAGCGAGAGUCCAUCAGCAAGGAAGACCUUGCCCGGGCCACACUGGUCACCAUCACCAACAACAUCGGCUCCAUUGCUCGGAUGUGUGCAUUGAAUGAGAAUAUUGACAGAGUUGUGUUUGUUGGGAAUUUCCUCAGAAUUAAUAUGGUCUCCAUGAAGCUGCUAGCAUAUGCCAUGGAUUUUUGGUCCAAAGGACAGCUGAAAGCUCUUUUUCUAGAACAUGAGGGCUAUUUUGGAGCUGUUGGGGCCCUGUUGGAACUGUUCAAAAUGAAUGAUGACCAGUAGAGGUGAGCAGUAGUCGAAAUUCCCGCCAGUGAUCACAGAGAACUGACAGUCGCUUCUGGAGAAGGUGGAAAUUGCUGUGGAAUGGAAGGCAAGCCAUUAUGGCAGAUUGAACCUGCUGGAUUUGUAAAUAAUUUAAAAUCCUUCUAGCUGAUCUUUUAUUCUUAAGUUUGACCAUAUGAUUCAAAAUGGGGAAUAUAAGAGUUUUUUCUGUAUAUCAUAUUUUUUAAAAAAAUUUUUUUGUGCAGCGUGGCCAAACCUAUCAAUUUUAUGUAUUAACUUUGAAAAAAUUGUAUGAUGUCUAAGAAGGACCUGAAUUGUAAGUGCUGUUCAUUUUUCUUCUGGGGUUUACUGAUCAGUGUGAUAAUUUUAACUUCAUUUAGUAAUUACUCUAGGAGAUUUUACCUUUAAUUAUAUUUUUCAUGACGUUUCAUGAUUCACUGUUGGUUUCAAAUGAAACUGCAAAUCUGGCAUGUAUUACUGUGAACACUAUUUCUGUUUGUUUGUUUAUCCUUUUUUUUUUUUUUUUGGUUAUUUUCAGUGUGAAUGUUAUGGAGGAAAGAAAACCCUUCCUCCGUUUAUAUCUUGGAAUAGUUUCCCUCUUCCUGUCCCAUAGCUUCUCUUUAAUGUAAUCGUUCAUAUCAAUCAAGGUGCUGACCAACUCAUUACAAAGUUAAAUACACAAUCUAAAGGUCUCUAGAAUGCCCAUGUGAAAAAACACUCAAAACAUAUUAAUAAACUUAAUGAGUUUGGCAAAAAAUUAAAACUCCAUGCAAUUUGAUUUUAUCCCUUAUAAAUAAUAUUUCAUUGGAUUAUUUUAUGCUGCGUUAUGUUAAAUUGAAUUAUUCUUUGAUAAAAUGUCCCUACUCAUAUAUAUACAUAAGUGACAGCAAAUUCUUGUGCAAGAAGUUUGGCAAUAACUGGGGGAAAUCUCCCAGGAGCUUAGUUAUUUGUCAGAUUUAGGGGAAUUCAUGAUGUGAGGUGUCAGCGAGUCAUAACCAUCUGUUUUGUACCUGUGUGUACACAGGAGCUUUGUAACAAGACAUUUUAAAUAAUAGCGUUAAUGUCCUCUUUAUUUUUAAUAUUUUAAACUGAAAACUGGACUUCAAUGCCAAUUUCUAAAAUUAAAAAUUAAUUUAUGGUACUAAACAUAUAUAAUUUUUUGAAAGAUUCUACUGUCUUUCAAAUGAGGGUGUUAUACACAGAUUGGAGCACACAAGAUCUAAUGAUCUUCUGAGUGAUCACUGAAAGGGACUUUUGAAGGGCAGUACAAUUGCUUCAUGAUGAAUCUUCCUUUCUCUGCCUUCUGAGCACCAUCUUUAAUUUACAUAUCUUUAAAUCUUGAAGAAAUUGAUGCUAAUUGAGAAAUUUACUUGUCUGUUUGAAAUAAAGCCUGUUUCUGUUGUGA